AUGACUUUGACCGUCGAGCUCAAGACUCCUGUCACGGGUGCUUACCAGCAGCCCAUCGGUCUCUUCAUCAACAACGAGUGGGUUGAGGGUGUUGACAAGAAGAAGUUCGAGGUCAUCAACCCCGCCACCGAAGAGGUCAUUACCUCAGUUUGCGAGGCCACCGAGAAGGAUGUCGACCUUGCCGUCGCCGCUGCCCGUAAGGCUUUCGAGACCACAUGGAAGCAGGUUACACCCCAACAGCGAUCUGUCAUGAUGAUCAAGCUUGCCGAUCUCGUUGAGAAGAACCUCGAGCUCCUUGCUGCCGUAGAGUCUCUUGACAACGGCAAGUCCAUCACCAUGGCCAAGGGUGACGUCGGUGCUGUUGCUGGCUGCAUCCGAUACUACGGAGGAUGGGCCGACAAGAUUGAGGGCAAGACCAUUGACAUUGCCCCCGACAUGUUCCACUAUACCCGCCCAGAGCCUAUUGGUGUCUGUGGUCAGAUCAUCCCCUGGAACUUCCCUCUUCUCAUGCUCGCCUGGAAGAUUGGCCCCGCCCUGGCUACUGGCAACACUAUUGUCAUGAAGUCCGCUGAACAGACCCCUCUGUCCGCUCUCGUCUUUGCCAAUCUGGUCAAGGAGGCCGGUUUCCCCCCUGGUGUCUUCAACCUGAUCUCUGGUUUCGGCAAGGUUGCUGGUGCCGCCAUCUCCUCCCACAUGGACAUUGACAAGGUUGCCUUUACUGGUUCUACCGUCAUUGGCCGUACUAUCAUGAAGGCUGCUGCCGCUUCCAACCUGAAGAAGGUCACAUUGGAGCUUGGUGGCAAGUCUCCCAACAUCAUCUUCAAUGAUGCCGACAUUGAGCAGGCCAUUUCAUGGGUCAACUUUGGUAUCUACUUCAACCACGGCCAGUGCUGCUGUGCUGGUACCCGUAUCUUCGUCCAGGAGGGUGUCUAUGACAAAUUCCUCGAGGCUUUCAAGAAGCGUGCCCAGCAGAACAAGGUUGGUGACCCAUUCGCCCAAGACACCUUCCAGGGCCCCCAGGUCAGCCAGCUUCAGUACGACCGUAUCAUGAGCUACAUCAAGUCCGGUAAGGAUGAGGGUGCCACAGUCGAGAUUGGUGGUGAGCGCCACGGCGACAAGGGAUACUUCAUCCAGCCUACCAUUUUCAGCAACGUCAAGCCUGAAAUGAAGAUCAUGCAGGAGGAGAUUUUCGGCCCUGUCUGCGCCAUCUCCAAGUUCAAGACCGAGGAGGAGGUCAUCAAGUUGGGUAACGAGACCACUUACGGCCUUGCUGCUGCCAUCCACACCAAGGACCUCAACACCAGCAUCCGUGUCAGCAACGCCCUCAAGGCUGGUACCGUCUGGGUCAACUGCUACAACAUGCUCUCCCACCAAUUGCCGUUCGGUGGUUUCAAGGAGUCUGGUAUUGGUCGUGAACUGGGUGAGGCUGCUUUGGCCAACUACACUCAGAACAAGAGUGUUGCCGUGAGACUUGGUGGUGCUCUCUUUGGUUAA